AUGAAAGUACCAGAUUUUCUUUUGGAUGGAGAAUGGAUUUUACCAACUGAACUACUGGAGAUGAUCCACAUAAAUGAUUUACCAGUUAGCAGUGGUGGAAGAGACAGGAGAGUAUGGACUGGUACUAUCACAAGAAGCUUCACAGUAUCAUCUUCAGUGGAGAUCAUUAGACAAAAAAUUCCCUCUUUACAUUGGACUAAGAAGGUAUGGCAUAAAUCUGUGCACCUUAGUAUAUCUAGUAAUGCGUGGAAAUUAGCUAGAAAUGUUUGCGCAAUUGAUGACAAUAUGAAAAAGAAAAAAUUUAAUAUGGUAUCAAGAUGCAUAUUCUGUAAGAAGGAGGAGGAAACAAGAGAUCGUAUCCUUUGGUACUGUAAUUUAAGUAAGAUCAUUUGGAGUUGGCUUGGUGGAAUCUUCAAUUUAAUAAAUCCAAGAUCAUUUGAAGAGGUCCUCCAAUUUUCCAAUAACAAGAGUCCUGCUAUAAAAGAAUUAUGGAUAUUGGCAGCAUUUAUAACUAUGAAUGAGCUCUGGUUUCUGAGAAAUGAAUGUAUAUUUGAUAAAGGAAAAUGUGAUCAAAGAUUGAAUCCAAUAAUGUGGAAUAGUCAAUAUGAUUUGCAGGUUCUCAGGAUAUUUGGUUUGAAGACAAGGAGUGUGAAGAGUAUGAUCAUAAAAGAAGUAUUCUUUCAACUACUAGAACAGGGGAAAUUAUUACUAUGCUGUGAUGGAGCCUCUAGGGGAAACCCAGGUACUGUUGGUUAUGGGGUAGUGGGAAGAAAUAACACAGGAGAAUUUGUGAUUGCAAUUUCAGGUGGUCUGGGCAUAUCUACUAACUACUAUGCAGAGGUUUUUUCAGUAUUAAUAACAGGUGAGCAGGUUGUACAUCAUGGUUUUCAUGACCUUGUUUUCAGAACAGACUCUAAAGCUGUUAUAAAUGCAUUCCAAAGCCAGAAAGUUCCUUGGUUUGCAGCUACAAGAUGGGAAAAGAUUUGUGCAGAAGUGUCUUCUUGGAGUUUUAUUCAUAGUUACAGAGAAGUGAAUUUAUCUAGUGACAAAAUGACAAAGAGGGGAGCAACACUAAGUAGAGGAGAAAAGAGAAUUUUUGAUAUUAAGCCAUCUUUUUUUGGCUGUCUGGAAAAUCCAGAUCUAAGUCUAUUUUAG